UUUACAUUCUACGAACUAGCUCCACAUAUACUUUUCUUGUUUCAGUCCGGAGUUCUGAAAAUGGCUUCACAUUUCUCUGCGCCUUCAAUGAUAUUGGAAGAAGAGAGGAGAUUUGAGGAGGAGGUGGCAGAGGUGGAAGCAUGGUGGAACUCCGAGAGGUUCAAGCUGACACGCCGCCCAUACACAGCAAGGGACGUGGUGGCGCUUCGAGGCCACCUGAGGCAAAGCUACGGAUCGGACGAGAUGGCAAAGAAGCUGUGGAGGACACUGAAGAGCCACCAAGCAAACGGGACAUCAUCGAGAACCUUUGGGGCGCUUGACCCGGUCCAAGUCACGAUGAUGGCGAAGCAUCUGGACACCAUUUACGUCUCCGGGUGGCAGUGCUCCUCCACCCACACCUCCACCAAUGAGCCGGGCCCAGACCUCGCCGACUACCCCUACGACACCGUCCCCAACAAGGUGCAGCACCUCUUCUUUGCUCAGCAGUACCAUGACCGGAAGCAGAGGGAGGCCAGGAUGAACAUGGGCAGGGAGGAGAGGGCCAAGACUUCCUUCAUUGAUUACUUGAAACCCAUCAUCGCUGAUGGAGACACCGGCUUUGGCGGCGCCACUGCCACCGUCAAGCUCUGCAAGCUGUUCGUGGAACGUGGCGCAGCUGGAGUCCACAUUGAGGACCAGUCCUCUAUGACCAAGAAGUGUGGACACAUGGCCGGGAAGGUACUGGUUGCCGUGAACGAGCAUAUAAACAGGCUUGUCGCCGCUAGGCUGCAAUUUGACAUAAUGGGCACCGAAACCGUGCUGGUGGCACGUACAGAUGCCGUGGCAGCUACUUUGAUUCAAACCAAUGUUGACACCCGGGACCAUCAGUUCAUUUUGGGAGCAACAAACCCGAACCUAAAAGGCAAGGGUGGCCUGGCGACGGUCUUGACCGAGGCCAUGGCCGCCGGAAAAACAGGGCCGGAGCUCCAAGCCAUAGAGGACAACUGGCUAUCAAUGGCACAUCUGAAGACGUUCGCCGAACACGUGGGUGAUGCAAUCAGCAGGCUGAACAUAGGGGAGGCGGAGAAGCAGAAGAGACUGAAGGAAUGGAGGAAUCUCUCAACGUACGAGAAAUGCCUGGCGAACGAACAGGGCAGGGAGAUCGCGGAGAAGCUGGGAGUGAGCAUGAACAGCCUGUUCUGGGACUGGGACUUGCCGAGAACCAGAGAAGGGUUCUACAGAUUCAGAGGGUCAGUGGAGGCCGCCAUUGUCAGAGGGUGGGCGUUCACCCCUCACGCCGACCUCAUUUGGAUGGAGACGGCCAGCCCGGACAUGGUAGAGUGCACGAAAUUCGCAGUGGGCGUGAAAUCGGUGCACCCAGAGAUGAUGCUGGCUUACAACCUCUCGCCAUCCUUCAACUGGGACGCGUCUGGAAUGAGCGAUGAGCAGAUGAAGGAUUUCAUCCCCAGGAUCGCCAAGUUGGGGUACUGCUGGCAGUUCAUCACCCUGGCUGGCUUCCAUGCCGACGCCCUCAUCGUGGACACUUUCGCCAAGGAUUUCGCUGCCAGGGGAAUGCUAGCAUAUGUGGAGAAGAUACAGAGGGAGGAGAGGAAGCAUGGAGUGGACACAUUGGCUCAUCAGAAAUGGUCGGGUGCGAACUACUAUGACAGGGUUCUCCGGACUGUUCAGGGAGGCAUCACCUCUACUGCUGCGAUGGGGAAAGGGGUAACUGAGGAGCAGUUUCAAGAAACAUGGACAAGACAAGGAACAACGGACAGGGGAGAUGGAGGUGUGGUGAUUGCCAAGGCUAGACUGUAAAGCACACCACCCAAGAAGCAAAGGAAGAUGAUAUGAUAUGGGAGCUUUGAACCUUUGUAUUUGGAAAAAGUACAAUAAUCUUUUAAUCUUUGUG